UGCUGUGAGAUGCAUCCAGUCGACACAGUCUUUCUUGUGGCCAAGAAUGUCAUGGAGAUUUGCUCGAGGGUCCAGUAAUGGCAUUCGGGAUACCAAAUUUGGUCAUUUUCCACUGCUGUAACCAAAACAUUUUGAUGAGGUAUCUUUAAACAGUGCUAAAUCAUCUCUGCCUCUGCCAAGAACCACAUUAAAACACUGCCUGGACCUCUGCUUAUUUAUCAUAAGAGCUGGAUCCCAAGUGCCCUCUCUUUGUUCAGAAUGGCUAAAGGGAGCACCUACAUGAGAGGAUUAUGCAUCAUUCUCAACUUUCUUCUCAUGAUCUUUGGAGUGAUCUUGCUUCUGUUUGGUAUAGUGGUAAACAGUGUUAAAGCUGCCCCUGUACAGGACUGGACUCCUCAGGUUGUGCUCCUUAGUGUUGGAUUUGGCUUGGCCACCUUCCUGCUCUCGGUUCUAGGAGUGUAUGGAGCUUACAGAGAGCAAGUGUUGCCUCUCCUUUUGUACAGUGUUUUUAUGGCCAUUAAGUUCACUGUGCUCAUGGUGCUGGCAAUCAUAGCAACCCUUGCUCAGCCUCAGAUGGAGAAGAUGAUUGAACAGAGCUUCAGAAGAAUGACCUCACUGUACAAUGUAGAUGAAGUAUUUCAGAGAGAACUCAACAAACUACAAAAAGAGGCUCAGUGUUGUGGUUUGAAUCAUUACACUGACUGGAAAAACGAAACACCACCUUCAUGUCGCUGUUCGCUAGUCAACUCAGAGAGAGAAGAAAAGUGUGUAAUUGCAACAGCCCCCAACUUUGAGUGGAUCAGAAAUCCACACAGUGAACCACCAUCAGAACAGUACUAUGUUUAUACAAAGAAAUGUGGACCAAUCUUAAUAGAAUAUGCAAAGAAUGGCUGGCGGAUCUUACUUGGAAUACUCUUUACAUUGGCAACUAUUGAGGUUGCAGCUGUUGUAGCUGCCUUGUUGCUUUGGUAUAAACUUCACACGCGGUCACCAGGUACAAGUCUGUCUGAGGAUAACAACAGCAGGAUGAAGUAUGAGCUCCAGCCGGAAAAAAGGCUCUGACAGGAUCUAAUCCUAAGCACAUAACCUCGUCCCUGCAUGAGUGAGCUCUAUAACCUCAACAUAACAAAAUUAUGUGACAUUUUAAAUGCAAGUAGGCUAACACUUUGUGGGGCAGUUACCCACCUUGUGCUGGCAAACAUACAGUAUAAGGAAGUUCCACUAAUAGUGCAGAAAAAAAAAUCACAUUUUUACUCACAGAUAAAUGAACAAUCAUUCAGCAAUCACAUUGCAGCUAGUUUUAUUUCUACAGUUUGUGGUGCAUAUCUGCUGAACCAAAAGGUAGCCCGAAAAAAAAAAAACGUAGGCUACAAAACACCUGACUUAAACUGACUUAUUGGAACUAAAGAGGUUUUUUAAAUCCGUGUAAAUACUGAACAAACCAAAUUUGUUAGUGUUCUACUAAUCUAAUCUUAGCACUGAAGAAACACUGUAAAGCAUGAUUAACACUAUGAACUGCUACGUUUAAAGUCAUUAAGAUCUUUCAUCUCUGCACUCAAAAUCUCCAGCCCAUGUUCUACUUUCACGCAGUCUAUUUACAUCAAACGUGUUCAAAGAAUUCUAAAAUUGAUAAAGGAUACUAGUUGUACUCUAAAUGAGAAGAAAGAAAGAAAAUAACAUUCAGUGCAAACAUACAAAGAUCUGGAAAGAUUUUGAAUAUGUUUUAAUUCAAAUGACAAAACGUUUCAUGUGAUUCUGUGUAGUUAUCAUGUGCCAAAAUUGGAGUUGUUUUAUAUUUCAUGAAGAUAAUUUCAGUUUAAAUUAGACUCAGAUAAAAAUGUCCAGGAAUAAUAAUAAUGAUCUGUGACUAUGCGUGUAAUGGUAUACAUGUCAUACAUGUUUAUUGUUCCUUCUCAUAGCACUAAUAAUAAGCAGCAGCAGCGUGAAGUACCACUACUAAACUAAACACUACCAUGAACUGAAGGCUCACCAAUCAGCUCUUUCACCUGUGUAUUGGAAUAGACCUGACACCGUUUCAGCCCAGAUUUAAAGAACAAGUGAAACUCAAACCACACUUUGUGUUAAUGCUUUUAAUGAUUAAGCAAUUCAAUUUAAAUGUAUAUUUCCAAAGCACUCUUGUUAUAUAUUUUUAUAUUAAUAUAUGCUUUGUUUUUACUUAAAGUAAAGUCUGUUUUUUGUCUGCCCACUGUACCGAAAUCAUGUUAAACAGUUGGCGUAUACCAAGAUGUGAACCAAACCAUUUUUUUUACUUUUACACCCUGUUACAUUAUAUGUUAUAUAAUGUUUCAUCUGUAGAUAUUUGGGGAAAUUAUGGUACUCCAGAACCAUGGUUAAGAAAAAAAAAUACAGAACUGAAAAACUUAAGAUGAAUUGCACUAAUACUACGGUUAGUGUGUCAAAAAGCAUAGAUGACACUACAUCUGCUGUGAGUAAUGGUACAGAGGUGCAGAGAGCUGAAAAGCACAUUAAAAUGUGUCCAACAAAUCUCAAAAUAAGGUACAGCAAGAAAACUGUAUACAUGUAUUUGUACUACUGUAAUCCUACACUGCUGUAAUUGUAUUUUUAUAAUGGAUGAGGUACAUUUGCGACUAUUAACUGAAAUAAAAACAGCUGCCAUGAUUCCAUUUUUACUGAAUUUUAAAAAUGUUUGAGCAAAAAUGUAAUAUUUUUUCUGCAAUACAGGUCAGUUUCACUUAAAUAAUUAAAUUGUUUUGUUUGUUUUUUGUUUUGCAAUCAACAUAGAUCAUACUGUACAUGGUCCUUAUUAAGUUUCAAUAUAUUUAAGAUACAUACCUUGUAAUGCUAUUACUUAAGCUAUUGAUGUGUACAAAACUCAAUGCCAUGUCAAGUAUGUAUGUUCACUGUGAAUGGGACAAUUUUUUGCUUUUAAAUGCAAAUAGAAUUAAUAUAAACUUAGGCAGUUUGGUAGUAGCAACGAUUGAGAGACUAAAUUCUAUACGUAGUGUAACUGCAUCUGCACACUUGGGGAACUCAGGCAGGGGUAAUGCCUGAUAUGGCAUAGGGGUAAGGUCUCAUCAGCACGCUCAUCAAGUUAACAUGCACAGUGUUAAUUGCCUUCAUCCAUUAUUAUCCAAAUUACGUUAGCCAAAACCCAGUAUUUAUAACUGUGAGGCUUAAAGUUUGCUGUGUAAUCUUACAAACCGCAGCAGGAUAUGAGUAUUUAAAACUUUCUUGAAAACAAUUUACUUUGUCUUUGAUUAUCAAAAGAAGUGAAUUUAGUUUAACCUAAAGGGUACCUUGCAAAAUAAAACUAAAAGUUUACAUCCUAAUUAUAGCGAGAUAAAAAAAUUGGGCCCUUGCAUGAAUGCAGAAAGUAUUUAUUAUCAGCUGUACAAUGUAUGUUUUAAAAGGAAACAGCAUUUGAGAGGUAAAAUCAAAAUGUUAUCCAAACGAUUUAAUGGGGAAGCCUGCCCAAUUUUCCAGUUUUGACAAUACCUAUAGAGCAUCAUAUCACAUUUACUAGACACACUGCAUCACAUGCAUGUUUCAUUAAAGGAAAAGCUAAUUGGGCAUUUUGUCAUGAAUUCUCAUCUGUAGGAGAAUCCUAUAAAGCACUCCAUCCUAUUUCCUCCACUGGAAAAGGCACCCUUUGGGAUGGUUCAGAGGGCACUUUAUAAUGGUACACUUUUCUGGCAUUAACAAGCAUUAAGACACAGUAUCAAAUUUUGGGCACAUCGUUAUAAUUUAUUGCAACGUUUACACUCUAAAAAACAGAGGUACGAAACGAGUACUUUUUUGUACUCAAAGGUACAGACAAUUUUGCAUCAUUAAGUUCUUGACACAUAUUUAGUUGAUGAUAAUGUUUAUAAUCUAUAUGAUCUAUAUUUGCAUAAAAACCAUGGGUACAAAACAGGACUUUCACUGAAAGGUACUUUUUUGUACCUCAAUAUAAGGUACAGCCCCAGCGACAAGCUUUGUACUCUUUUAAGUACAAAUCUGUACUUACUUUUCUUAGUGUGUAGGAUGGAUAUCCUAUCCUGUAUGCAGUGGUCAGUACCUUCCAAAAAUGGUUCAAGGAAAGGCAAGUGUACCCAAGACACUCAUUGAAGCUGUUUUCAAGGGUGUUUUAAAGGGAAUCUCUACCCAGUUUUAGUAUAGUCUUUUUAAUAUAUUGCUUGGUGAGUGUAUAAUUUCAUGAUUACACAUAUAGUGCUUCUCUGUUGUCAAGGAGCCAUAUUUACAUGAUGUCACAUGCGAGUACAUAUUAUUCAGCUGAUGUCACAUGUUGCCAUGCUGUAAUAUCGAAAUUGUG